CACAAAAAUAGUCUCUAUAGCCGUCCCUUUGAAGUCGCCGAAGACCGAACAGAAGCAUCCUAUCGCAACUACCGACCAUCGAUCUCUCUCUUCCUCACUUCCCUAUCGCUCUUCCUCCUCUUGGAGGCCUAACCCUAGCCCUAAUUCUCGCCAUGGAUUUCUUCAAAUCCGUCUUCGCCGCUGAUUCCGAUCCCGAUCCCGAUCCCGAUCCGGAUCCCAAUCCCUCUCUCGCCGACUCCCCCCGGCAGCAGCAAUCCCCGCCGGACGACGAGGAAGAACGGGGAGAAGAAGCGCAAACCGCUGGCGGCGGCGGCGGCGGAGCGUGGAGCUUCGGGGGUCUGAUUAAGACAAUCGCCUCGAAGAAGGAGUUUGGCUCCUUGAUCGAGACCUACCGCCGGGACCUGGAGGAGUUCGGCACCGGCCUCAAGAAGGAGACGGUGGCGAUCCGGGAGGCCGCUACUCGCGCCGUGCAGAACCUCCCGGGAUCCCUGGAGACUGGAGCCUCCGUCGCCCAGGAGUCCCUCGAGUCCGUCGGCCAGGCCAUCGACGACUUCGGCGGCUCCGUCUGGCGAGGCACCGCCGAGAUCAUCACCCACAGCAAAGAAGCCAUCCUCGCCAUGGAAUCCGACCCCAAUUCCCCCGAUCCCUCCUCCAUUGACGCCGGGACGCAGAAUCUGGCCGGUUCUUCGAGGAGGUAUAGCCGGUUUGAUGCGCAGGUCCUCGCCAUCCAGUCCGAUCCGAGCACGUUCUCGGAGGAGCCGGAGGAUGCUGAGGAUUUCAAGAAGUGGAGAUCAGGGUUCCAAUUGGCGGAAAAGGAGGAGGAGAUCGAGAAUUUGUGCUAUGAAAAUGGGGCUCUGGAGGGAUUUCUUGAAAAGUUCGUGCCUUCUGUUAUGGAUUAUGAUACCUUCUGGAGUCGGUACUACUAUAGGGUUCGUAAGCUCAAGCAGGCAGAGGAUGCCAGGGCGAAACUCGUCAAGAGGGUGAUUUCAAGAGAAGAGGAUGAGGAGGAUUUGAGCUGGGAGGUCGAUGAUGAUGAGGAAGAAGAAGAAAAGAAGGAAGCAAAUAAAGAAGAAAAGAAGGAAGAAAAGAAAGAGGAAAAAAUAGGAGAGCCUGAAGAAAAAGUUGUUAAGGUAGAAAGAAACAAAGAUGAAGAAGAAAAAGUAACAAAGAAAGAAGACACUACCGCCACCUCUCAAUCGCUAGAGGAGAAGAAUCAUCACGAUGAGAUCUUGGGAGUAUCAGUGGCGAUGGCUGAGAAGGAGGUGCCAUCAACUGCAGAGAAGGAAGAAAUUGUGGGAUUGAACAGUGAGGGAUUGGCAUCCAAGGCAGAUGAUAACACAGUGGCUGAAGCGAAGACAGAGAGUGGAGGUUCAUGCAAAGAUAGCGAUGUGUCAGUGGUGUCAAGGCCUUCUAUGCCAGAAGAAGAUGAUCUUGGGUGGGAUGAGAUCGAAGAUCUCGGGGAGCACGAUGAUAAGAAAAUUAGUAAUUCGAGUGGGAGUCCUCUUAAGGUGGAUCUACGCAAGAGACUGAGUGCUGCUGAAGAUGAUGAGGACCUGAGUUGGGAUAUAGAAGAUGAUGUUGAGCCUGCCAGGCCUUGAUUUACGGGUACAAUAAUGUUGGUCUCAAAUUUAUUAUAUUCCUUUAUGCUUUUGGGUUUCUAGCGCAAAUGUGCAGCUGCACUGCCAAUAAAGAUUGCAUUGAUCAUGCUGUUCAUUUUAGUGUGAAUAUUUAUUUCUAUAUGUUGAUACUUUCAAGUUCCAAGGUAGUUUGUUGUUCUUUGUUCACUCUUCUCGUGGUGUACUUUUUUAUGAUGAUGUUUAGAUAAGCAUUAUCUAUUAGUGGGUGUUUUCUUGCAACUUAACUAUAACUUGUGGGAUGAGUCUGUUGAAAA